CACCUCUCAAAACCUACUAGUCUACCACUCUUAUAUUCUCACUAAAUUUAUUAAUUAAUCUCUCUCUCUCACACGCAACAAUCACCAAAUGGCAGCAAGAGAACCAUUCAACGUGACGGGGACGGCGGGGGCGGCGGCGACUCCGCAACACUCGCCGUGGCAUUCGCCGGUGCCGUACUUGUUCGGCGGAUUGGCUGCGAUGCUUGGGUUGAUUGCGUUUGCUUUAUUGAUCCUGGCAUGUUCAUACUGGAAGCUGUCCGGGUACUUGGAGGGCGGAGAGGGAAGCGGUGACGGAGAGCGAGAUUUGGAGGCCGGAGAGGGAGGCAAGGGCGACGACGUCCAGAAGGUGCCGGCGGUGAUGGAGGAGAAGAUAUUGGUGAUUAUGGCUGGGCAAAUGAAGCCGACUUACUUGGCUACCCCAAUGUCAAGUAGAACGUGGUCUUUUGGUGAUGGGAGUGAGAAGAGCUGCUGCUGCGAUGAAAAACAGUGUGAGAAAGAAAAGAGUGGUGAUGGAGGGGUUGAGUUGGUUAAACAGGAGGGUGAUGUUCAGGUACGGAUAGGGAGUAACAAUGAAUCAUCAGAUCAAACCCAUUGAAUUUCUCUUUCCAUUUUUCGAGUUUUUUGUUUUCUUUUUUCCCAUCUUUCUUGAUGGGUUCUUGGGAUAGGGCAGCUUUUUUUUGUGAGGGAUCUGUAUCUGUAUAAUGAUGUUAUGAAAUGUUGAAGAGUAGUGUUCACUUCCUUCUCUUUCGGGAAAUGUAAAUUUGAUGGAGAUUGAAUGGAAAGAUUAGUUAAUCACUGAAAUCUUACGAUGUUCUUCAA